UUCUCAUUUUUUUCCAGGUGUACAAAAGCCUCUUCCAGCCGCUGAAGGUGUCGAGGCAUCAGUUCAAGCGGGUGAUUAACUGCAUGAAGCUGAUUCGGUACGUCAAGUUUCAAGAGAUUUACGCGCAGGAGAAGAUUACGCGAGUCGACUCCCUCUCCCUUGUACUGUCUGGCAGGCUGGUCAUCAGUCAAAACGGUCGGGCGCUGCACAUUGUCUCCCAACACCAGUUCCUAGACUCCCCCGAGUGGUUUGGCGUCUCCACUGAUGAAUUCUUCCAGGUAUCAGCAACAGCUAUUGAAGACUCUAGGGUUCUCAUCUGGCACCGAGACAAGCUGAAGCUCACCAUCAUGGGGGACCAGUUCCUGCAGGCAGUGUUUGAUCAUAUUCUUGGCAGGGAUGUGGUCAAGAAACUCAUGCAGUUGCCUGAGGGUGGCGAGAGGACAUCACGAGAAGUGGAAGAGGAGGUCAACGAAAGCCUGUCUGGGAUGGGCAAUGGCCACUGCGUUGCCAACCUGUCAGAUGAGAGUGAGACCAAGCCGCUGUUGGUCGUCAAGAAGGGGGAAGAAUCGGGGAGCAUAACAGCAAUAAUCAACCGCCAGUUGCAGGUUAAUGACACUCCUCCGUGGAGACUCGGACGCAUUGAGGAGACAGAUCAGGAGACUCCAGUAUGAACCCCAGGAACUUGGCUCACCACUCCUCAAUGCCUUCAAGCUUUUCGCUCCCCAGCUGGAGAGUGUUGAGCACUACCACCAUCACUUUGUUGAACUCUAAAACUGCACCAGGGACUGGAUAUGAAGAUUGAUGGUCAUGGAUGGGAGCCUGCUGCCUCAUCAGUGAUUCUUGUGUGACUGGAAGAGUAAAGACAAUGGCAUGUGUUAUGGUUGUGCCCUGUGGACUGGAUGUCAAGAGAAUGGUGAGGUGAGUGGAAUAAAAUUUUAGCAGUGACAAGAGGAAGUUUACAAAAUGAAAGUGAUGUGUGGAUAAACAGUAAUAUGCUUCAGUUUACAGAUAUAUAUUUUUGAAAUAUGUGGUUGAAAGUGGUUACUGGGAUCCCAUGCUUAUUUUUAAGUACUUUUAAUGGUUGACGUGCUAUAGCUUAAGAACUCAUUUCUUUGUCAUAUUGAACUAUUUAUGCUCACUUAAUAAUAAAUAAAAAGAAACAGCAGAUCUUGAUUACCAAGCUUUAAACAGUGAAAUAUCUCUCAUGAACAAAAUUUUCACCAAAUAUAUGCAGUAGUUAUUUUAGUAAAUUAUUUACUGUACACCAAUAACCAUUUGAAAUAUCUUGACCAAAAUUGUGUUCAGUGAAACUGCAUGACAAUAAAAAAGCAAAAUGCUAAUGUUGAAACUCCUUGACAAGCACAAGCAUUAUAUUGCUGGGAAAUGAUACUAUUAUAUUACAACUCUGAACUUCAGUGUACUACUCCAAGAAUUUACAGGAAACUGCAGUAUUAGUGAAUCAGUCCAUUGCACCAUAUAAGAGGAGUUUAAAAGUAAAUACUGGAGCAGUUAUAACUGUGAAUUGGUUAUGGAAGAAAGAAGUGAAAAGGAGGGAUAAAUGUAGGUGACUGUAAGGUGAUCAUAGAAAUGGUCAAAACAAAAAUAUAGAUCGCUGACAUUUUUUUUUUCAAAGCAAAAGACAUUUAAUAGCUUAAGGAAAAUGAUCUAAGAUUUCAUGUACUAGUUACACUGCAGACUGAUGCAUGGAAACAAGGAAAAUAUUGAUGGCAGUACAUUUAGUACUAACUUGUGUUAUAAUGAAAAUUUGAGCAACCAAAGGCUGACAGGGAUAAUUAAGUGGCUUCAGCACAAAAUUCUCAGAAACAUGUAAAUCUCACAGUAAGCUUUGAAAUCUUACAUGAGAUCGAAAUUAUUUAGGAUUUUGUUUGUAAAACACGAGAUGAUGGAAUCAGAGUAAGUAAAGUAGAUUUUACUAUUGUCAUUGCCUCAGGAGGUGAAGAUAUCAAAUGUAGAUUAAAGUUGAUGUUUGAAAUGCUCAGUAUUGUUGUAAAUACUGAAUUAAUUGUUAUGCAUUUAAUGACCAGAUUAUAUUAAAAAAGGAACGAUUUACUAUACCAUUGUUGUAGUAAAUAAGUUUUUGUAAACAGUUUUACCAGUACAUGUUCCAUCUUUUAUUAUGUUAUAGGAAAAACAUUAUUGUUUAAGGAUAUUAUCAUGCUUUCAAUAGUACAUUUUAGAUGUGAAAAUCAUAAUUACAAGGGAAACUGUAUAUA